AUGGUUCUUUUAUCAUUACUUGUCUCAAUAUCACUUUUGAAUUUUUUCGACUGUUAUUUUCGAUUUAUUUUUGCUUCAUUCCACCAUUACUCCUUGCCACCAUUCUCUCCUACAUUCUUAACUUCUUCCCUCCCCUCUCCUCAAAUCUCCCUCCCCACUCUAAUCUCUUCUGGUUUUCUAGUCAUUCCCUUACAUUUAAUCGAUUCUGUUUCUCAUAUUCUUUUUUCCGGUUUCCUUCUUUUCAUUUUCUUUCUGCUUAAAUUUCCCGUUUAUUCAGUCAUCGAGUCUUCACAAUAUUCUUUUAUCUGUCAAUCUUUUUUUACUUCUUGCUGUAUUCUUUUUCGGUCUUUCUACGCCUCGUUAUUUCCUGUUAAUUUCUACAUCCCCCCUCUUCCCCCUCCCCUUCCCCUCCCUCUUCCCCCCCCCUCCCUCUUCCCCCUCCCCUCUCUUCCCCUCCCUCUUCCCUCCCUCUUCCCCUCCCCUUCCUCUCCCCCUCUUCCCUUCCCCCUUCCUUCUUUCUUUCAAUUCCACAAAUCACUUCGAUUCCACUUUGAUUGGUUCCUUACAACUUUCAGCAAGCUUACUUAUACGAUUUUUUUUCAAAAAGUAAAAAAAAACUGA